AUGGUAUCAACUAGUCAAAAAGAUCAAGAUUCAUCAAUGUCCCAAUCAAUAGUGGAAUUUGAAUCAAAAUAUUCAAAACUUUUAACACCUUUAAAAGAAUUGGCAGAUAAUUGGAACAUCGAUAUAUCUGCAGAAUUGGAAGAUUAUUUACAAGAUUUGACAUCGGUCACAUUCACAUUUGAUGGUAGUGGAAAGAAGUUUAGUUUUGCAGAAGCUGCAUUGGUAAUUCAAGGAUCUGCUGUUGUCUAUAGUAAAAAAGUAGAAUAUUUGUAUAGUUUUAUUUACCAAACUCUUGAACAUUUACAAUCAAAGAGAAAGAAACAUAAUUCCUCAAUAGAUAGUCAAGGAAAUGAUCGUGAUACCAAAGUAAAAGAUACAAUACAAUCUGAUUUCUUUGAAGAUCUAGAAGGUACCUUGGAGGAAUCUGAUAAUAUAGAUCUCGAUGACCAAUUAUCUUCUUCUUCGACGAUUGCUAUCACUGGUGCCGAAGAUCAAGUUGACAAUAUGGCACAAGGUGACUACGAUGAUGACAACAACAACAACAACAACAAAAAUAACAACAAAAACAAAGACAGAUCAGAAAGACGCAGAACUCUCAAAAAUCAAAAUUUUGAUUAUGACCAUGCUCAACUAAACGCAUAUCACUCAAUAAUCAUGAACGAAACACCAUCAACCAAUUCAUCCAACUCGGCAUCUGAUAAUAUGGCCAAAGAAAGUAGUGUAGGUACGAGUAACCCAAAUGACGCCACUACAAGCAAAUCUACAUUUAUGAUGAACAAGAGCAGAGUAACAAAAGAUGGAGCUCUCAGUCUUGGAGUAAGCUUGGGAUCAGAUUUGGAUCAUUUUGAAUCUCUUGGUCAAAUAACAGACAAAGUGGCAACUGGUUCAAAGAAGCAAAAAUCGUCUGAUGAGUCACUAGAAAAUAAUGGGAUUGGUAUUGCCCCAGAUAUUGAAAAUGAUUUCAACAACAACAACAACAUAGAAAAUAAUAGUGACAGUUUUCCAAAUGAUAUCCCUAAUGGAGGGGAUGACCUAACGGACAAUUUGGUGGUAGACACCCAAAUUGUUGAAGAAUCAGAUGACGACAAUGGUGAUAUUUAUGGUAAUGAUGACUAUGGUGGCCAUGAAACAAGCGACGACCCCCCAAGUGAUGUUGGAGAAGAAGAAAAGGCAAAAAACAACAAAAGACAGGAAAAAGAAAAGGAAAUCGAGAAACUAAAAUCAAAGAUCAAAGCAAUUGCAAAUCCUUGGUUAUUAUUGGACCCACACGAAGAAUCUACAGACGAAAAGCCAUUUAAAAGAGGAAAGGCCUUCUCGCUCCCCGUUCACAGAAAAGGACCCAACCUAUCCUCGAGCAAACAAUCAGAAAUCCAAUUCAAGUCGGGAGAUUUAAUCAUAUUUCCAACAGAAACAUUGGCACUGAGAGGGAACUUUUUCAAAGAUUUAUCCUAUCUCUACCAAAAGAAUAUCAAUCAAUCAAGAGGUGCUAGAUUGGCUUUAAUUCAUCAAGUGGAACGAGCAAACAGGAAAACUCAAGACCAGGAUCAAUCUGCUAGCACCAAUGUGACAGAACCAUCUGGUCAUCAUGAUGAUACUGGCUUGGUAGAUGACUACCUCAUUGAUGAGGCAGAGGAAGAAUACAAUAACAAUGAUCAUGGUGGAAUCGAUAGUGAUUCUGAUGAUGGCGGCGGUGGACUGGAUAUAGCAGCAGGAGAGAAUGGUUAUGAUGGGGAUUCGGAUUUGCCAUCUUAUGAUUUCAGUAGAAUUUCAACUACAGGAGAGGAUGAUUUUGGCAAUAGAUAUUACGAUACAGACUACACUAGUAGCGGUAGUCCUGAAAAAUCGUAUGAAGAAAUGUGCAAAGAGUAUAUUGGAAGCUAUUUGGAUAGUGCAAAACAACUUUUACAAGAGACUGCACUCAUGCAAAGAUUAAAUCAAUGGAAUAACAAAAUCAUCCCCCUUCUCGAAGAACAAUCGUCCCGUCCACCAUUUGACAUCCAAUCAUAUAGCACUGGUAUAGUGUCAAAGGCUUCAUCCAUUUUCAAAGAUAAAUGUCACAUGGACCAAGAAGACAAGCUGACAGACGCUACUAUUGGCGAAAAAAACAAAGAAUUGAAACAAGAUUCCCUCAUUUCCUUUAAAGAAUUGGUUGGACAAGAAUAUUCUGGCUAUGAAAUAUGCAGAAAGUUUGCAAGUUGUUUGCAAUUGGCAAAUAGUGGAAAUUUGGAAAUCAUUAGCAACAAAACAAUGGACAAUCUUUCCUUUCAUCUUUUAUCAAAUACACCAAAACAUGGACACGAAAUUGGAGACUUUACAGAUUAUCAAGACGAUGAUGAUUCAACUAAAAAAAUCACAAAAAAUAAGGAGUCAGAGUCAGAGAAAGAGUCAGAUUCUGAAUCAGACUAUGAAUCAAAACCAAAACCAAAACCUAAAAAGAAAAGGCAACCAUUAAAAAAAAAGGACUAA